AUGAGUUCAGGAUCAAUUGCAACUACAACAAUACCCAGUACACCAAUGUCUAUUGAAUCAAUAGAAGAUCAUCAAUAUCAUAAUUCUUUUUUAGCCAUGGUUGAAAGAAAUCAAAUACCGUUAUCUAGAAAUCUAUUAAUAAUUUUAUAUUUAUCACAUUUAUUAUUACAAAAUAACAAUACCACUAUUACUCCUUAUACAUCCAAAUUUAUACACAUUCAAAAUUGUGUUGGUAUUGAUGAAUUCACUGGGAAAUCAAUAUAUGAUAUUGAUAUUAAUGAUACAUAUUUUGUGAUUCAUUCAUUAGUCAUUGUUACAUUUCUUCGUUCAUUCUUGAUGAAAUGGUGUUUUGAACCAUUUGCAUCGAAAUUUUGUCAUAUUCAUUCGAAAAAAGCCAAAACUAGAUUUGCUGAACAAAGUUGGUCAUUUGUUUAUUAUUCAAUUUCAUUUAUAUUUGGCGUGGUAUUAUAUUGGGAUAGUCCUUAUUAUAAUAAUUUAGAUCAAGUUUAUAUCAAUUGGCCAAAUCAUUACAUGUCAUGGGAAUUUAAAACUUAUUAUUUAGUAAGUAUGGGAUUUUGGCUACAACAAAUUUUUGUUUUAAAUGUUGAAAAACCAAGAAAAGAUCAUUAUCAAAUGUUUAGUCAUCAUAUCAUUACUUGUUUAUUGAUUAUUGGUUCAUAUUAUUAUUAUUAUUUCCGUAUUGGUCAUUUAAUAUUGAUGAUUAUGGAUUCAGUAGACAUUUUUUUGGCAGCAGCAAAAAUGUUAAAAUACGCUGGGUUUAGUAAUGCAUGUGAUGCCAUGUUUCUUUUAUUUUUAGUCAGUUGGAUUGUAUUAAGACAUGGAGUAUAUAAUUAUAUCUUUUAUCAUGCUUGGUAUAAAUCAGUUGAUUUAAUGAAAAAUGGACAAUGUGUUGAAGGAUUGAUGCAAAAAAGAUGUUGGACUCCAGUUGUUAUUGAUACAUUUUUGGGUUUACUCGGAGGAUUACAAAUUAUAACUUGUAUUUGGAUGUAUUUGAUAUUAAAAGUUGCUUAUAAAGUUGUUACUGGAUCAGGUGCUGAAGAUGUUCGAAGUGAUGAAGAUGACACUGAUAUUGAGUUGGAAGAAGAAGAAAAAGAAGAAGAAGAGGAGGAGGAAGUAGGACAACCAAUAUUUGUGGAAAAAAAGGAAGAAGAAGUUGUAUUAGAAAUUGAAGAAGAUAAAUACUCUUUUGAAAGAGAUUCAUUUAGUUCAUCAUCAGAAUCAACUUUGGACGAGAAAAAGGAUAUUAGGAAAAGAAAAGUAUAA